GGCAUAAAUACAAAUUUAAGAGAGUACGAAAGACGAAAUAGAAUAAAACCAGGAAACUUCUAAUCGUUACUUAUAUACUUUUAAAAAAGUUACUGACUAUUUUAUCAAAUACAUAUCGACAAAAAACUAAACAAGAGGAAAAAUGAGUGCAAAUGGUCAAGCAAUCGGAAUUGACUUGGGCACGACUUACUCGUGCGUUGGUGUGUUCCAGCACGGGAAAGUGGAGAUCAUCGCCAACGAUCAGGGUAAUCGGACGACGCCCAGCUAUGUUGCAUUUACGGACUCCGAGCGGCUGAUCGGGGACGCCGCCAAAAACCAGGCGGCCAUGAACCCGCAGAACACGAUCUUCGAUGCAAAGCGCUUGAUCGGCCGGGAUUUCACCGACUCAUGUGUGCAAAGUGACAUGAAGCACUGGCCGUUCAAAGUCAUCAACGCUGGAGGCAAACCAAAAAUCCAGGCCGAGUUUAAAGGGGAGCAGAAAACGUUCGCGCCUGAAGAAAUUAGCUCGAUGGUGCUUACUAAGAUGAGGGAGACUGCGGAAGCAUACCUUGGUAAAAAGGUGACGAACGCCGUCGUCACAGUUCCAGCGUAUUUCAACGAUGCACAAAGACGAGCCACUAAAGACGCAGGUGCAAUUGCGGGACUCAACGUAAUGAGAAUUAUCAAUGAGCCUACAGCCGCCGCUCUUGCGUACGGACUUGAUAAAAACUUGGGCGGCGAAAAGAACGUGCUAAUCUUUGACCUCGGUGGUGGCACGUUUGACGUCUCCAUUCUUACCAUCGACGAGGGUUCACUGUUCGAGGUUCGAUCAACGGCCGGCGAUACACAUCUGGGAGGCGAGGACUUCGAUAACAGGAUGGUGAACCACUUCAUACAAGAGUUCAAGCGGAAAAACGGCAAGGACAUUAGCAAGAAUAACAGAAGCAUCCGCCGUCUGAGAACCGCCUGUGAACGCGCUAAGAGGACACUUUCCAGCAGUACAGAAGCCAGCAUCGAGAUUGACUCCCUGUUUGAUGGGGUUGACUUCUACACCAAAAUUUCACGUGCGCGGUUUGAGGAGCUGUGUGCCGACCUGUUCCGUUCAACAAUGGAACCGGUGGAGAAGGCGCUCCGAGACGCCAAGCUCGACAAAUCCAAGAUUCACGAGGUGGUGCUUGUCGGCGGGUCUACGCGCAUCCCCAGGAUACAGAAGCUGCUGCAAGACUUUAUGAACGGCAAGGAGUUGAACAAAUCCAUUAACCCAGACGAAGCAGUCGCGUAUGGUGCCGCCGUCCAAGCUGCAAUCUUGUCCGGGGACAAGUCAGACGCUAUCAAGGACGUGCUUCUUGUGGACGUGACACCACUCUCCCUUGGUAUCGAAACGGCCGGCGGCGUCAUGACGAAAAUAAUCGAGCGGAACACCAAGAUUCCGACUAAAGCAACACAAACGUUCACGACGUACUCCGACAAUCAGCCGGCGGUAACCAUCCAGGUUUACGAAGGAGAGCGAGCCAUGACGAAAGACAACAACCUCCUCGGACGCUUUGACCUUACUGGUAUCCCGCCCGCGCCAAGGGGCGUCCCACAAAUUGAAGUGACGUUCGACAUCGACGCUAACGGCAUUAUGAACGUUUCAGCUGAAGACAAAAGCACCAAGAAACGUAACAACAUUACAAUCACCAACGACAGCGGUCGCCUCUCCAAAGCUGAUAUCGAACGAAUGGUAAAUGACGCUGAAAAAUACAGAGAAGAAGAUGAAAAACAGCGCCAGAGAAUUGAGGCUCGCAAUAAACUGGAAAACUACAUGUUCAGUGUAAAACAGGCAGUUUCAGAAGCGGACGAGAGUAAGGUGUCAGCUGAGGACAAGACCAAGGUCACCGGGCUGUGUGACGAGUGUAUGAAAUGGAUGGACAGUAACUCACUCGCGGACAAGGAAGAGUUUGAACACAGAUUGGACGAGUUACAGAAACAGUGCUCCCCUGUAAUGGUGAAACUCUAUGGCGGCCAAAAGCCAAGACCGUCCGGAAGUGGUCCUACCCCCGGAAGUCAACCAGCCGGCGGAUACCAGGGACCUACUGUGGAAGAGAUGGACUAGAUAUUAAACAAGCUGAAAGACUGCAACUUACGUGUAUGCUGAUUGCUUACAUUAAGCCAUAGUACAGUAUACGAAAUGUAAACAAGUAUAAAGUAUUUUUUGUGAGAAUGUUUCAUUAAAGGUUGUUCAUCGAAAGUGAUAAUAAAAACAAUUGUAUUCGUUGAAAAAGUCAUAUCAGUAUUACUUGCUCAUAUUUUAAUUGAUUUUGCAAACAUUGCUUGUAAAAAGUUUUGUUAAUACUGUACAUAGAAUAUCAUGUAUUGUUAUUUUUUUAUGGAAAUCCAAUGUGUUCAUUUUUAUAUAAUUGUUAAAAUUGUUGGAAAUAAAUCCUGAAAAUUAUA